CCCGGCCUCGCGGCGGCGGCGGCGGCGGCGGCGACUCGGCAGCGCUCCGCCGCGUCCCCGAGUCCCGGGAGUCAGGCGCGGCGCGGAAGAACAAGGAAGAAGGAGAACAGGACAGAGCAGAGCCCCUGGCCUCCCCAAGCCAGACCAUCCCCACCGAGGCACCCUCUCCACACUGAAGUCAGGGCAUCAGAACCGGAGGAGGCAAAACACCUCUCACACCUUCCCUGAAUUUUUCAGAAGAGGAUGGCAGAGAUGUGGAUCUGCAGCAAUGCAGGGGCAGCCUACCAUCACGGAAAGCCCAGCUGUCAGCUGCCUCACGGGAAGAUGCUGUGCGGACCGGGCAGCACGGGCAUGCGUGUGGCCACUGCCCUGGGAGUGCUGUGGUUCUGCCUCGCAGGAUGUAUCCCCAGGACCAAGAUUGAUGCCAGCCACACAGCAGGCGCCGCAGUGGAAGUCCGGAUCCCUGAAGACCCCGUGGUAGCCCUCUUGGGCACUGACGCCACCCUGCGCUGCUCCUUCUCGCCCGAGCCCGGCUUCAGCCUGGCACAGCUCAACCUCAUCUGGCAGCUGACAGACACCAAACAGCUGGUGCACAGCUUCGCCUGGGGCCGCGACCAGGGCAGCGCCUAUGCCAAUCGCACUGCGCUCUUCCCAGACCUGCUGGCUCAGGGCAACGCGUCCCUGAGGCUGCAGCGCGUGCGCGUGGCUGAUGAGGGCAGCUUCACCUGCUUUCUGAACAUCCGGGACUUUGGCAGCGGCAGCGCCGCGGUCAGCCUGCAGGUGGCAGCCCCCUACUCAAAGCCCAGCAUGACCCUGGAGCCCAACAAGGACCUGCGGCCCGGGGACACGGUGACCAUCACGUGCUCCAGCUACCGGGGCUACCCCGAGGCCGAAGUGUUCUGGCAGGAUGGGCAGGGUGCGCCCUUGACCGGCAACGUAACCACGUCGCAGACGGCUAAGGAGCAGGGCUUGUUCGACGUGCGCAGUGUCCUGAGGGUGGUGUUGGGCGUUAAUGGCACCUACAGCUGCCUGGUGCGCAACCCCGUGCUGCAGCAGGACGCUCAUGGCUCUGUCACCAUUACACCGCAUAGAAGCCCCACAGGCGCUGUGGACGUCCAGGUUCCCGAAGACCCCGUGGUAGCCCUCGUGGGCACUGACGCCACCCUGCGCUGCUCCUUCUCGCCCGAGCCCGGCUUCAGCCUGGCACAGCUCAACCUCAUCUGGCAGUUGACAGACACCAAACAGCUGGUGCACAGCUUCGCCGAGGGCCGCGACCAGGGCAGCGCCUAUGCCAAUCGCACCGCGCUCUUCCCAGACCUGCUGGCUCAGGGCAACGCGUCCCUGAGGCUGCAGCGCGUGCGCGUGGCUGAUGAGGGCAGCUUCACCUGCUUCGUGAGCAUCCGGGACUUCGGCAGCGCCGCGGUCAGCCUGCAGGUGGCAGCCCCCUACUCAAAGCCCAGCAUGACCCUGGAGCCCAACAAGGACCUGCGGCCCGGGGACACGGUGACCAUCACGUGCUCCAGCUACCGGGGCUACCCCGAGGCUGAAGUGUUCUGGCAGGAUGGGCAGGGUGCGCCCUUGACCGGCAACGUAACCACGUCGCAGAUGGCUAACGAGCAGGGCUUGUUCGACGUGCGCAGUGUCCUGAGGGUGGUGUUGGGCGCUAAUGGCACCUACAGCUGCCUGGUGCGCAACCCCGUGCUGCAGCAGGACGCUCAUGGCUCUGUCACCAUCACAGGGCAGCCCAUGACAUUCCCCCCUGAGGCCCUGUGGGUGACCGUGGGGCUCUCUGUCUGUCUCGUCGCACUGUUGGUGGCCCUGGCCUUCGUGUGCUGGAGAAAGAUCAAACAGAGCUGUGAGGAGGAGAAUGCAGGCGCUGAGGACCAGGAUGGGGAUGGAGAAGGAUCCAAGACGGCCCUGCGGCCUCUGAAACACUCUGAAAGCAAAGAAGAUGAUGGACCAGAAAUAGCCUGACCACGAGGACCAGGGAGCUGCUGCCUUGCCCUGGGGUUCCCACCUCUGGCUGCACUGGGGUCUCAGUGUGAGCCCUGGGCUGGGGGCUUCUCUGCCCUUAACAGAUGGCUUCUACUCUAGCGGGUCUACUCAUUCUGCAAAGGACACGAUACACAGACCACCCUGCAGCCUUAUUUCUCCGAUGGACAUGAUUCCCAAGUCAUCCUGCUGCCUUAUUUCUCCAGUGACACGAUACAUAAGU